CCUCUUCUCCUACGUUCCCGAUUCUCUGUAUCUUCCCCCAAUCGCCAUCUCGAUUCUUAGGGUUUUCGAAAAAUCCCUCAGAAUCUCAUCUCCCCGGUAAUUAUUUUCCUCUUCGAUCUCUCAGAUUCCGUUUCCUACGUAGCAAAUUCUGCAUUUCCCUAACAUUUUCCUCUUCCUGUUUUAUUGAUUUCUGCGAACAGGAAAACAAACGAUUGUCGUCAUCUUUAUCGAUUGAGAUUGCAGCUCGUUUGAAUCAGGUUCUUGGUUAAGAAAUAUCCAUUUGGGCUUUUUUUACUGUCAAUGCGGUCAUUAGAAUCUUGAGAUGAUAAGUUUCCAAGAUACCUGUUCUUGAUUGAUGGACUGUUCACCAACCAGUAGCGACAAGAAAACGCUCAAGAGGUGGUUUUUCAUUGACAAAAGAGUUGGAUAAAGAAUCGUUUCGAAGAACUUUGUCUCUUGUAAUGGAGUUGGAUUCAAAUCAGACGUCUCCUGUUCUCGCUGACCCUUCACCAGUCGACAAACCAAGGCUUGGUGUACCUUCUGCUUUCUCUUUCAGAAAAUUCAUAAUGUCUCCACUGAGAAAGCCUUCUAAUCUCGAUGAUGUUAGGUCCAACGGUUGGUUGGACGCCAUGAAAUCUUCAUCGCCGCCACGAAAGAAGCUCAUAAAGGAUUUCAAUGUGGAGGAAGUUACCACAGAAGAUGAUUUCGUUCACCGAACCUGGCUGCUCAAGUACCCUUCCGCGAUUAACUCGUUCGGGCACAUUGCAGCCCAAGCAAAGAACAAGAAAAUAGCUGUGUUUCUAGACUAUGAUGGAACACUUUCUCCCAUAGUAGAUGACCCUGAUCGUGCCAUUAUGUCUGAUUCUAUGCGUGCAGCAGUUAAGGAUGUAGCAAAGUACUUUCCUACAGCAAUAAUCAGCGGUAGAAGCCGUGACAAGGUCUACAAAUUAGUAGGACUAACCGAACUCUAUUACGCGGGUAGUCAUGGAAUGGACAUCUUGACCCCUGUAAAUGGUAAUUGUAUUGAAUCUACUAACGAAAAGGUUAAAGAAGAGAACCUAUUUCAGCCUGCUAGAGAGUUUAUACAAGUGAUCGACGAGAUUUUUCUAGCCCUCGUCGAGAAAACAAAAAGUGUUAAAGGGGCAAAAGUCGAGAACCACAAGUUUUGUGUGUCUGUGCAUUACCGUAAUGUCAACGAGAAGGAGUGGCCUACUGUUGCUCAACUCGUUCAUGACCUCUUGAAACGAUAUCCUAAUUUGCGUCUAACUCACGGGAGGAAGGUUUUAGAGGUUCGUCCCGUGAUUGACUGGAACAAAGGAAGAGCAAUCGAGUUUCUGCUCGAGUCUCUCGGGCUAAGUAACAACGACGAUGUGAUCCCUAUUUACAUCGGAGAUGACAAAACCGACGAAGAUGCAUUCAAGGUAUUGCGAGAAGGAAAGCGUGGAUUUGGCAUAUUGGUAUCAGCCGUACCUAAAGAAAGCAAUGCACUCUACUCUCUUAGAGACACUUCUGAGGUAAAGAAGUUUCUAAAGACAUUGGUGAAAUGGGCCAAGGUGGAAAAAUCCACAGGUUUUUAAUGGUUAUGAUGAUGAUGUUAUCAUGCUGAUGGAGUUGGCCGAGUUUCCUUCAUUUUCUCGUCCUUAAUUCUGUUUGUUUUUCCUAAUUUGCCCCACAAUUAAUUAAUGAUCAUAGUUUACUUUGUAACUUUUUCAUUUUUCCAGCCGAAAUUUGUAUUUUAAUUUACAUUCAAUUAUUCUUUCCGAGUACAUGGGGCUAAAAGGUAGAUAUCAUUUUUUUAA